UAACAUUCAAAUCCAAUCCACACUAAACUCUUCACGAGCUCCAGGUACGGCCGCACAGACCAGACAGUACAGAUACCACCACCAUGGCCCCGCGCUCCACCACAUACAGUUUCCCCACAGUGCACAUCUCGUGUCCGUGCGACGAGUCUAUAGCCAUAACCCCCAUGUCCCCUACCAAGCCCGGCGCCCCAGCAGCGCCAGAGGAAGAUCCGGACGAGUCUGAGGAGGAGGAGACCUUUGACCCCCGAGCACCCCGUUCUAAUUUCUCCCUCUUCCCCUUGGAGAAUUUACUAUACUGCGAGGAUUGCAAGCAGAUUCGAUGCCCUCGUUGCGUGCACGACGAGAUCGUUUGCUUCUUUUGUCCGAAUUGCUUGUUCGAGGUACCAUCUUCUACCGUUAAGACGGACGGAAACCGGUGUACGCGGAAUUGCUUCUCGUGUCCAAUAUGUUUCGCCUCCCUGGUCGUGGCGCCCACAGGUGGGGGGCAGGCGGGUCCGUAUAUACUCCUGUGCAACCACUGCCUCUGGUCAUCAGCAGAGAUGGGGAUCGAGUUUGAGAAACCGACGUCUAUCGCUGCGCAAUUGGCCGAGAAGCUGAAGCCUCCUGCUCUUGCUAAAGUCACGUCGGGGUCUUUCACCUCCCCACUUUCCCCAUUGUCAGCCUCUUCCGAAGGUUAUUUCCCUUCCAUGGGCGCUCCGACUAUUAUUACUCCGGACGAUGAGGAGGAUAAGAGGGAAUUGAGCCCCGAGGAGCGGUUUAUCAAGCUUAAAGCUCAUUACGCACAACAAAAGACUGGGGCGGGGGCAGAUGAGUACGGUGGUUCGCCCGGGGCGUUGUCACGACUUAUGGGACUGUAUUCUGGGCUUGGGUCUGGUAGUCGGAGUAGGAGUUUCGGCCGGGGAAUUGGGGGGUUUAGUAAUAUGGGCGGGAAAGGGAAACUUGAAUGGGCUGAGUGGGAUGCGGUCAAGGAAAUUGGGGACGAUGGGGAAGAGCUCGUUGAGAAGAUUAGAGAAGCUGGGUUUUCUAGAACGACGAGCAAGGAGCAGAGGAUUGCGCAGAACCAUCAACCGAGAUUCAUCCAAGAUCUUAAACCUCUCGCAGCAUUACUGAGGACGAAAAGGUCCAAAAGAUGUAGAGCUUGUCGGCAUAUCCUUGUCAAGCCCGAGUCGAAACCUACUACGAUUAGGUUUAGAAUAAAGCUUGUGGCGAUGAAUUACAUACCAGCACUCUCCAUCUCCCGCUUAGACCCAACAGCGUUCAACUAUGCUGCGCUCACACCCCUCUCAACCCAUCAAUUCCUAUUAACAAUCACAAACCCCUUAUUCGACCCCAUAAACGUCACCCUCGCCACACCGGCCAAAACGCCAGGGAGCUACCCCUCAACCGUAACAAUCCUCUGCCCGACUUUCGAAGUAGGCGCAAACACCGACGUCUGGGACGAGGCCUUACAGACAACCGCAAACCCGCCAACUACCGCCAUCAAGAAGGGGCGGAAAACUGGAAUGUUGAUCGGCACCGUCUGGGAUCUGGGCAGGAACUGGACGACCGUAGUUAUAGAAAUCGUGCCACCGCUACUCCCACUCCCGGGGGAACUGGACGAGGACGGGAAUGAGCUUGCCACCGAAGAUGACAGGCUCGUUCAGGUUCCUGUGUCGGUGCGUGUGGUUUACGAGACUGAUCUUGAAAGGGAUGAUGGUGGGCUCGGGAAGGAGGCGAAGGAGAAGAGAGAGCACACAUACUGGAGUGUGUUGGGACUUGGGAGGAUCUCAGAGAAGAUGCCUACCACGGCUACCGAGGAUGCCGCAGGGCCGUCGGCAGCACGGCCAAUGAGCUUGGCUUCUAUAGCGGGGAAGGGCGUCACCGGGAGAGGGGGUGCCGUAGAGGAAAUUAGCGGGAGUAAGGUAAAUAGACACUCUGUCAGGUAGAUUUAUAUGGCGGUGGUAGCGAAUACUCUUAUCCUAUGGCGGAUGGUAAUUUUGA